AUGACCGCACCUCCCCCGGUAGCCAGCGCCCUACAAGUCAUCGGCAAUACGCCCGUUGUGCAUCUCCGCCGCAUCGUCCCCAAAAACCACGCCGAUGUUUACUUGAAACUCGAAUCCGUCAACCCCACCGGCUCUUACAAGGACCGGAUGGCCAAGUCCAUGAUCGAAGAAGCUGAGCGCCGCGGUGAUUUGAAACCCGGGAUGACCGUCGUCGAAGCCACGGGUGGCAGCACUGGUUCUUCGCUUGCGUAUAUCUGCGCGAUUAAAGGAUAUCGGUUCCGGGUUGUGUCGUCUGAUGCUUUUGCGCCGGAGAAAUUGCGGACCAUGAGUGCGUUCGGGGCGGAGGUUGAGCUGAUUCAUAGUCCUACUGGGACUAUCACCGGUGACUUGGUCCCGUCCAUGGCGAGACGAGCGCGAGAGAUUUCAGAAAGCGGGAACUGUUACUGGACGAAUCAAUUUACUAACCUGGAUUCAUUUGUUGGGUACGAGGGUAUCGGUCAUGAACUGGUGCAACAGUUCCCGGAGGGAAUUGAUACAUUUUGUGGUGCUGUUGGCACCGGCGGGAUGGUGAUGGGGGUUUCUCGCGUGUUGAAGUCCCAGAAACCCGAAACACGAACGGUUGUGCUCGAGCCAGCCUCUUCGCCGAUUAUUACGAAAGGCCGCGCUGGGUCGCAUGGAGUGGAGGGUAUUGGACUUGGGUCUAUCCCGCCACAUCUAGAGAAGAGUCUCUAUGAUGAAGCUCGCGCGAUUUCUGAAGACGAGGGUCGUCAGAUGUGUCGCCGUCUGGCGCGUGAGGAGGGACUGCUUGUUGGUACCUCAACUGGUCUUAAUGUGGCCGCUGCAUUGGCCCUGGCUAAUGAGCUGGGACCAGGAAAGAAGGUGGUUACGGUGGCGGUUGACACAGGACUCAAGUAUUUGAACGGGAAUCUUUUUUCGGUGUAG